AUGGCUGUUGAAACAAUGCUUGAUCGUUCUGCUCCUUCAUACUAUAUAAGACCAAUUAAAGUACAUUGUGAACCAGAGAUAACUGGUGGACAAUUGCAUCGAAAAGAACGACAUGAAUGUUAUCGAGAACAUCGUGAAGAAAGUCAACGAGAAUAUAUCAAUGAACAUCGAUCAUAUUAUGAUGGAUUAAUUUCAUCAACUAGUGGUGAUCGUAUUGGAAAUCAGAUUAGUGCAAAUUAUGGAAGUAUGAUGAAUAAUGAUGGAAGACGGAUUGAUAUGAGGUAG